CCGGAAGGGGCUUCCUUCGCGUCCUCCUUGACGACUGGAGGAGAAGGAGGAGGCGUUCGGCCAUGGAGCGCUACGAGAAGGCCGCCCUGAACGCGCUUUCGCCGCCCGAGGCCCGAAGUGAAAGUUCAUUAGCCUCAACGCUAAGGACACUUCUGUUCUUCACAGCUUUAAUGAUUAUGUUACCCAUUGGAUUGUAUUUCUCAACAAAGGCAUAUUUAUUUGAAGGUACCUUUGGGAUGUCCAACAGAGACAGCUACUUUUAUGCGGCAAUUGUUGCUGUGGUUGCUGUUCAUAUUGUCCUUGCUCUUUUUGUGUACGUAGCAUGGAAUGAAGGUUCCCGGCAAUGGCGGGAAGGCAAGCAGGACUAAGAAAUCUGAAUUGCUGCCUGGAAGACAAAGGAAGAUUUGUGGGUAUAGUGCAGCCUCAAAGACUGUAAACUUAGGAAGCUCUGUUUGAAUUGGAUGGAACUGGGGUGGACCUCCUCUCAUCCCCAGUACUGUUUUUGUUUCAUUUCAUUUCGUUUGAAUGAAUCUGUGAUGUCCUGAGUCCCAGAAUUUAGCAGAGUUGGGAAAACAGGAAGAGGAGCAAUUGAGUACCCUGCUAGAAAUGUUGAUAACCUUUCUAGACAAAAUGCUGACCCUUUGCACCGUAAGUAACCUACCAGUUAUGACUUUGGAAUCCACAUCUAGAUAAUGCUUACAGUAGACUUGAUAAUAUCAAGGUAAUUUGAUAUUUCUAGUGUCAGUGAAACAGAGUGGAUUCCUACAUCCUCUGGAGGGGGAUCAAUUUUUGGAUGUGAGCUGACAUUGGACCAUUGGUCUUAUGGCUAAGAAACGCAGGUGUUUUUGGAACUGAUGUUUAUUUUGUUUGAUGGCAAAACAAUGAUGCCAAGUUCAACCAGACUGUUACUCUGUGUAGUACCUUUUCACGUAAGUUUUUUUUCCUAGCUAGAUACUGAGUUUGUCAAAUGCCAUGAUUUUAAAUGCAGUUGUUCUGUUAAUAAGGGGUGAUUUCUCUUAAGGGGAAACCUUAUUGCUUAAUGGAUGAAGAUGUGAUACAUUUAUGACCAAUUUCAGAGCCUUAUAAUGUUAUUUGGCAAUCCAAAAAUGUUUCCAUGUUGAAAUGUACAGUUUGUUUUAUCCCUCGUGUUGACCAGUUGCUGCUUUCAGCAUCUUUCUGUUGGUACCCUGUUAAUCUGCCUCGUCUAAUGUCUUGCCAAGAAAAGACCCCACUGUUAAUUCUGCAGUAAUGUUAUUCCUCUUCUAUCUUACUGCUGCUGAAAAUCACAGGCAUCAUGUGUUUGAAUUACUUUGAAAUCGGAAUUCAUCCUGAACUUCCUAUUGCCAGUUUUGGGGGGGGGAGGGGGGAAUUCUCUUGUAAUAUGUUGCACAUUAUUUGUUGUGAAAUAAUGAGAAUUCCCCCCCUACCUUUUCAUUGGUGCAAUGCGUGGAUAUCCAACUGAUGCUGCCGCCUCUCACAUGACUGGAUUUUGUACAGGAUUCUCUUCACAAGUAAUUACUGGAUUUAACAAGCUGGUGGAAUGAACUUUUCACAAAUGUUGAUCAGGAGCAAUGUUUUCUUCAAAACAUUUUCUUCAAAAUUUCCUCUAAAUCUUGUUUAGGUUGGAUUUUUAGAUUCCCUUAUGUUGUUUGUACCAAUUAUUGUUGAGACUCGAAAUGGCUCAUUGUGGGUCUCCCACAGACAGGAACCUCUCUGUUGAGAUCAAACACUGGAAAUAUUUCAAGACUGCAGUGAUGACUUAAUAUUAGUCAGGGGUGCCGCAAACAAGAUUUGUGUUUUGUCAAAGAAGGCACUUAAACUUGUGUAGCUGGUGCUUGUGUUGUGGUACUGAGGAAUGAUCUCAUGGCCAUUUUGAAUUCCAAUUUUUUUUUUGUGCCACACUGCUGAUCUUUUUUUUUUUCUCUCUCUCUCUCUGAUAGAUUAAAUUUAUGUUGUAUUACAAAUGCUGCAUUUUCAAUAAAAUACAGUCAUAGAGUAUAGAUUCACUGCUGGGCCCAAAAAACUGAAAAGCGUUCAUGUAAUAGUUUCUGGAUCACCCCUUGCUAGCCAGUAGGUUGUAAAUAUUGCACUAUCAGCAUUGCUCUGAUGUUGAUUGCUUCCUUAUACAUUGGCUGUUAGGAAUUUGUACUGUGGGAUGUAUCUCUGGUAUCUACCUGCACUGAUACACCAACCAAGAAUGUGAUUGGGUUUCACACAUUGCACUAAGUGAUUGGUGUUUUUGGCGCAGCACAUUGUGUGACACCCAGUCAUUGGGGUAUGGAAACUGUGAUUUAUGGCUUCAUAUUUUGUGCAAACCCAGUUAGCUGUGAUUUAUACAAUAAACUGCGUAAAUCAUG